GCUGCCAGCUGGUUUGACUGCAAAAUUCCGCCAAUAUUCUAGCGUCGAUUCAGGGCUCAACUUACGUGAAAGCCAUUUUGGGUGUUUCUCACAUUUAUUUCAGUGAUUAAUCCGCAUAUACACAUUGCAGAUGGCCUCGCCCAUUGUUGACGAUAUUCAAGCAGCUAAGAAAAUGAAAUUGGAUAAGAAAUGUGUUUUGCGUUAUGCCAAGAUCAUUGAGCAUGCGCUGGAGCCACAGCGUGGAUCCGAAAAAGCCGCCGGCUUUGACUUGCGCAGCGCCUACGACUUGCUAGUCCCGGCACGUGGCAAGGCUAUUGUCAAGACUGAUCUCCAGGUACAGGUGCCAGAGGGAUCCUAUGGCAGAGUGGCACCUCGUUCCGGCCUGGCUGUGAAGAACUUCAUUGACGUGGGCGCCGGAGUUGUUGACGAGGACUACCGCGGUAACCUGGGUGUUGUCUUGUUUAAUCAUUCGGAAACAGACUUUGAGGUCAAGCGCGGAGAUCGCAUUGCUCAGUUCAUUUGCGAGCGCAUAUCCAUUCCGGAGCUAGAGCAGGUGGACAAAUUGGAUGAUACCGAGCGUGGCGAGGCGGGUUUUGGUUCAACUGGAGUCAAGGAAUUACCAGGAGCCAAGCAGCAGAUUGUAAGUGCCAAAACACCAACCGAUAAUAAAUGCGUUUUGCGAUUUGCCAAACUCACGGAACACGCGCUGGACCCACAGCGUGGAUCCGAAAGAGCCGCCGGCCUUGACCUGCGCAGCGCCUACGAGUUGAAGGUGCCGGCACGUGGCAAGGCUAUUGUCAAGACAGAUCUUCAGGUGCAGCUGCCAGAGGGCUCUUAUGGCAGAGUAGCACCCCGCUCCGGUCUGGCCGUAAAGAACUUCAUUGAUGUGGGUGCCGGAGUUGUUGACGAGGAUUACCGCGGCAACCUGGGUGUUGUCUUGUUUAAUCAUUCGGACACCGACUUUGAAGUUAAGCCAGGGGAUCGCAUAGCUCAGUUUAUUUGCGAGCGCAUCUUCUAUCCAGAGCUGGAGCAGGUGGACAAAUUGGAUGACACCGAGCGUGGCGAGGCGGGUUUUGGUUCAACUGGAGUCGAGGAAUUACCAGGAGCCAAGCAGCAGAUUGUAAGUGCCAAAACACCAACCGAUAAUAAAUGCGUUUUGCGUUUUGCCAAACUCACGGAGCACGCGCUGGAGCCACAGCGCGGAUCCGAAAAAGCCGCUGGUCUUGACUUACGCAGCGCCUACGACCAAAUAGUUCCGGCUCGUGGCAAGGCUAUUGUCAAGACUGAUCUCCAGGUACAGGUACCAGAGGGGUCCUAUGGCAGAGUGGCACCUCGUUCCGGUCUGGCCGUGAAGAGCUUCAUCGACGUGGGCGCUGGAGUUGUGGACGAGGAUUACCGCGGUAACCUGGGCGUUGUGUUGUUUAAUCAUUCGGACACAGACUUUGAGGUCAAUCGCGGAGAUCGCAUUGCUCAGUUUAUUUGCGAGCUUAUCUUCUAUCCGGAGCCAAAGGAGGUGGACAAGUUGGAUGAUACCGAGCGCGGUGAUGCGGGCUUCGGCUCAACUGGCGUCAAGGAACUACCAGAAGCUAAACUGGUUAAGCAGCAGAAUAGCAAAGGAAAAACGCCACUUGGCGAAAAUGAUGCCACACCCAUUUCCACAUAGAAUAAUGUGAUAAGCUGAAAGUGCGACUUAACUAGGUAUACAUAAGAUUAAAUUACACACACUAAUUGCACAAUCAUUGUAUAGA